AUGAACGAUCUGAACGAUUCCAGCUGGCUCUGCAAUUUCGUGGUAGACUGCCGUCUUCCUGAAACUGUACAGGUUGUCGAAGGGUACGAAUCUCUUGAUUCAGAGGAAUUAUCGUGGUGUCAAGACGAUAUUGUUAACUUGCAUGCUUUAAAGGAAGUGUCUCGAAUCAUAGCCCGAGAUGCGAAUGGAAAUCACUUUUCGAUCCCUUUAACUUAUCCUGGAAAAAUAUUCGAGAUUAUUCCAAUGGGAUGCGCUGACCGAUACGUAACGGUCGAAGAGCUUCUGGUUCCCUUUCCAAAGUAUGUUCGAUCGCUACGAGAUAUACCAGAACGUGAUGUGGCUGUUGGAGGCAUAAUUGAACUCCUAGAAGCAUCGCAGAGCGGCCGAGGUCACAAGCAAAUUAAGUGCAGAGUAAUGGGAAGCACGCGCACGAUACUGCUUUCCGGUAACCAGUUGGGACCUUUUGAGACUCUCCGAAAUGCUUCUCCAAUGUGCAUUAAAGAUGUACUAAAUCAAACUCCCCUUCCAACCAGGGUAAGAGUCUUAACAGGCAAAGCUAAAGCGUUCAAUGAAUGUAAUACAAAUCCGCUUGUGCCGUUCGAGGGAUUGUUUGUUCUGGAGCAGGCAGUGAAGCGAAAAAUUCUAAUUGUUUCAACCUUGGUGGAGAAACAGUUGAGAAUUUUGAAGAUGCCAAUCGACCUAGAAAUAACGGUUAAAAGAGCGAUGUUAAAUAUCCGCCCAAACGUAUUCUCCCAAAUUUGUCAUUUAAUCGAAAGUGAAGUUAACAUAAAUUCUACAAUCACAUGCGGCAGCACUGGAGACGCGUCUUGGUACUUUGACGACAUCAGCGAUGACUUGUACGGAAAGCUGGAAAGUGAUAACAACGAAUUCUAUGAAGAAUUACGGCCGCUUCUUCCACCUCGAACGCCGCCUCUAACUUCAUUGUCAGAUGGGUUGCCCUCGAAGCGAAAUAGUAUAGACAACAAAAAGGCUGAAGCUCGCUAUGCUCCACCUCCCAGGCCAAAACUGUUGGGGAAGCCCUCUGCGCCAGCCGUUCAAACGCUUGGCAACAUCAUGCUGACUGCUCCUCCUCGUCCAGGUGCAAAAAAGCCAAUGCAGCCCAACUCGCCAAAGCCACCGCGGUCAGAAACUAUUGCUGCUAAGAGAAACACUCCAGGUCAAUGUGUUUCACGGUCUGGGCGAGAACCCGAUAGUGCACCAAGGCAUGAAGCAGGAAGCCCAGAGGCUCCCGGUGCUGAAAAGAUGGCAGUUCAAAGAGACGGAAAAAAAUCCAUGGCAAGACUACUGGAGAAGGUAGAUACUAAAACGAAUGCGAAUCUAGAAGAGCAAGAGGAUUGCGAAGAUACAUAUGAAACGAUAUCCGAAGUUUCGUCAAAGCAGCAGUCAGGUCCAGUCAGCGGAGACACGCUCGCCAAAGCCAGUCCCCAUCAAAUAGAUUCACAACAACAAGACGACCCUGCAGCAGAAUUUCGAAAAAGUUUGCCAAACUUAUCAGUAUCUGAGGUCAGCGAGUGGUUGAGAAAGCUGGGAUUAAACCAGUAUGUGAAAUCAUUCGUUCAAGAGGACGUAGAUGGGACAAUGUUACUGGAGAUGGAUGACGAAAUGAUGCAGUGUAUUGGAAUUGACAACGCGCUUCACAGAAAGAAACUCCUGAUGUUCAUUGAGCGAGGUUGGACUCCGAAGCGGAAUUAAGAUGGUUUGUUUUGCUGAUAUAUUUUGCUGCAUUUUCUGAUUGUGAGCAUGUUAACUCCUAUAUUAACAUUUAUUUCUGUUAUUAUAGUUUUUAAUGAUAAUUUGAAUCGGUUGCCAGAUUUUCAGUUUAGAGUAAUUCCUCAAAUCUUGAGCCUCCUGCGAAGGCGGAAGCGUUUUUGCGGAAAGAAAAUAUAUAAAGCAUAUUUAGCUCUACGUUUCAUGAACAUUAAAGGCUGACAGAGAUAGUUUUUGAAAACUUAAAUUUAGGUCCUCACAAACGACCGACGAAUAUAUAUAGACUUUAUGUUUUAUUGUAAAUAGUAUAUAUAUGUAAUAUAAAUACCAGAAGUACAAUGUUUUAUCAACUGAAGAUUUGACUAGGCAUUUUGUUACUCUACGGUUUCGUAAUCGUGUAGGCAUUUUAUUACUAUAUAGUUUUCGUACUAGUCAAAUCUUCCGCUGAUAGAACAUUAAACUUCUAGUAUUCUCGCUCUAGUCCUUCUAUUGAGAUAAUAUAUCUUGAAUAGUCACUCGAAUGAAAUGUGAAUUAAUACUGGCAAAUAUUCCUUGAGAGAGCAAAUACACUUCCAGCAAUACGAUCGUAAGGUUAUUUGGAUACUGAUAUGCAGAAAACAAUAUUUUGGUAGCUUAAAAUAACACUUCAAGUUUAUCCUGUAAUUGUAUUCUAACUCUUAUCUUUUACUGUGAAGAGACAAUUUUGUAAAUAGUUUCGCCAAAAUUAACUUAAAGAUGAGAAUUAUUGGUAAGUGCCCCAAGAAACUACCUUUUGUUACACAAUACCACCCGAGUUUAGCCUUAAGAAAAUACUAUAGUAGGGAAAUGGCAUCCUAUACAAAACCACAAACGACUAAGAUAAAUCUUUAUAAGGAGCCUCCCUUCAUAUCACAUGGCAAGGGAAAAUCCCUUAAGGGCCUAUUAGUUAGAGCGAAGCUCUAAAGGUCAGAUAACUUCCUUUACGACUAAGUGCAAGAGUCGUGUGUUGCCCCUCGCCAAUUUUUAAACUAUAGUUUCGGUAGAAACUUCCAUCAGCAAGCUGUCAUUUCUAACCAAUUGCCAGCUAAUUUUUCUUUACCAUACGACAUUUCCCAGCCAGCAUCAUAUUGCCUGCGGAAUGCGGAGGUACCUACUCUGCACUAUUGUUUCACUUCAGGGUGAAAUAUCAGUAAUCUUUUCUGAUCGAGUUUGUUCUCUUAGAAUGAAUACUCUUCGGUAGUAUCAUGUCUUACAAUUCAACACAUUUUGUUUAUCAUUUCUUUAGGUAGGCUACUGAAGAUAUUUAUUCCUUUUCCUGUUUUGAGGCUGAAAUGAGAUAUUCGAAUUGACGCAAACGUCACCAAGGAACUGAUCAAAAAUAAAAAACAGCAUGUAACAAGGAAAAUGUAAUGUGAUAGAAUUCUUUUUACACAAUUUUAAAGGUCUCAGUUAUAAAAUGCUAUAUACACUGUACCCAGUUACACACGGUCUAACAUUUGGUCAACAAAUGUUGCUGCCUUCGUUUCGUUUUUUUUUUCAAGUUUUAGCUUGUGAUCAACGGGAAAGAGCGUUCCUGUCAGUGUCCCCUCGGAACAUUUCCAUACGCUGUUCAAUAUUUGUUGCCCAGCAGUUGCAACUUUUGGCUACAUUGUACUUGAGUUUAUGACAAAGGAUAAACAAAUAAAUGUUAUUUUGUUCAACCAAAUAGUGGUUAAUUCGGGUGUAGAGGUUGAAAUGAGUGCUUUACCGCCACAACACGGCCCGGGGGAGGGGGGGACUCCGCAUAUGAAAGGGGUGGGGAUGCUCGUCGGAAAUUUUGAAUUAAACCCCUAAAGCUAUUUUUACCCCUAAAAGAGACCAUGUUAGUGGUGAUAGGCUCCUGACAAUAUGUGUAUUUUAAUAUAUUUUUUCCUGUGCAAUCCUAAACGAGACCUUCACAGCUAAAUAUGAUGGCGUUUUGCGCAGAACACCCUAAGUGAGACCAAAAUCCGAAAUUUACACCCCUAAGCGAGACGACGAGCAUCCCCACCCCUUUCAUAUGCGGAGUCCCGCCCACCCCAGGGCAACACAGCCGAGCAAUCCAUACGGCAACAUCUGGGUAGCGUUUCAGCUGGCCCGGGAAUAAAAUUUUGACCUCAACUUCUUUAACUACCUAGAUCUUAUCCCAUCAUUGAUCCUAAAAUACAGCCUAAAUAGUUUGUUCAGAUUUCACUCAAGUUAAGCGCGAGAUGUUUCAGCAAACCGCAAAACUCAGUGAAAGUUCUGAUCAAGGGUCAUAAUGCAAUUUAAUCGUUUUGGUUUUGUCCAGAACUUUCGGUAUGGGGUGUUUUUACCGCAGUGUUUUUUUUUUCAGAAAUACGAAUGUUUCAUUAUUUCGAGUGUUCUCAUAAAUUGUAAGUAACUAGAAAACUUGACAGAAUAGAAAAAGGGGAGGGGGAACUAAGGUCGUGAAAUUUAAUGUAACUACUCAUCACAGCAACCAAGUUCCCAUUUUCCUUUUCUCCUCUGUAAGGUGACAGGACUGAAAGAAGACAAUUGUUAUUGAGCUUGCGCGUGUUAAAGCGAAUUAGUUUGCUUUCAUCUUAGGCUUCGAUAAAUAUGUUUCAAUAUCGUUAUAGCCAUAACAAUUCUUCAUAUUUUAAACAUCACCUAUGUUUACACAGGAAAAUACUAUUUUUCUUGAUCAAAUGCUCGGCUUUCUGUUUCCUAUCAUUAAAUACAUUAGAAAUACUGACCACAUAUUUAGGGCUUUGCUUACAACUCCAGAAAUCCGGUGUUGUCGAUUAAUGUGACAAAUUAAAAUGUUUCACUAUUUUGAUGGACACACUCCUAUUUUUAAUUCCCGUUUACCGGGUAUGUAAUUAUCUUGUCAUUUGGUUUGCCCGGCAGAGCCAAUACUAUAUACUAUGUAUUCCGGAAGAAAAAAAAAAGUUAUGGAAUUUUUCCUUUUAUAACGUUUUUCGGCAAUUUUGGGGACUCUCCUUAACGAUUUUUCAGUAUCAUUAAAAUAUGUUAGUAUCCAGAAACAUUUAAUGACUUCUUUGUAGUAAACAAUAAUAUACAGUCCUAUAUAAAAGUUCAGCUUAAAAAAUACACAUUGAUUUGAAACUAACUAAAAGGAAGAAUUAUGAAAAACUUUCUCCUUAAUGCAGAGAUGCUAUAACGUGGGAUAGUUUACCAAACGAUUUAAAAGAAUUAAAGCCCAGAAACGCAUUUAAGAAAGCAUUACAUUUAUAUGUUAAAAAUCAGGUCAGGUAACACCUUGAUCAAUUUAUAUGGAAAGUGAAACUCAUUAUGCUACCGUUCAUCAACUACGUAAAAUAACGGAUUCACCAUUUUCACAUAAUGCACCUUGUUAACCCCUCCCAAAACUUUGUAUAACCAUUGUCUUGGAUCAGUCUAUUGGGACGACUGUAAUACCCAGCAGAAACUGAAAACAAUGGUUAUGCAAAAUUCUGGGGGUAAACAAGGUAUAUUAUGGAGUAUGCCGUGAAAGUAGUGAUUUAGGGAAAAUGACUCUAAAAACGCUCAUCUGCAGUAGAGCUUGCUGUGUUAUCCUUUGUCCUUAAUAUUGUGAUAAAAAAUUGUGCAAAGAUGGUCAGCUCGUCACCAGGCAAUAAAACACAUCGGUUUAAAAUAACCUACCCAUAUCAUUUUUCUUAAGAAUUCGAAUUAAUCAGCAGUUUAUCAGUUUACGUCGCCAGGUGUGAUCUUUAAAAACUGCAGCCAUUCUAACUAGGCCAUUAGACACGAGUUUUGUUUUUAUAGUUGACCAACAACGACUUAAGGUAAUGUUAAACGAGACGAUUCACAACGACGAUUGUUAGCUCAACGAAGCGUUGCAACAUUGUUGCGACAGGGUUUCGAAUAGUUACAAUAUCGUUCCAACAUUACAACGCUGUGUUGCACUAAAAAUCGUCGUUGCGAAUCGUUCCGUGUAACAUCACCUUAACUUCAAGAGCAGUAAUGAAAUUCUAGUUAGAUGUGAUUCAGUACCAGAUGGUAUGCAAGUUGAUGAUUGUUUAUUUCUUAAAUAAUAAACGCGCCGAGCGCACUUGUAAGUUAGUUGAAGAAGUGCAAAAGAAACACGAAAAGCCGGGAUCGCAAAAGAAUAUCUUCCUCCACUGAAAAUCUCUGCUUAGAUUAAAGCGAAAUAUUUGAAAUUAUUGAGACACCGAUUCAUUAUAAUUUGCACAACAAAAAACACCGCACUGCCGAAUCAGCUAAAAACAGUUCGUUGGAUAUUAUCUGGUAAGGUGUUAUUGACUGUGGAUGACAUUUCUCCAGCAUGAAUUCGAAGAAGAGGUUGGCGAGAGCUGUGACCGGAGAAAUCUCUACUGAAUCGUUGGACACUUGUAAAGAAAUAAGAAAGACAAGCUUCAUUUUUUUCGUUUUCUGAGCCAAAACAGACGAGCAUCAGCGAAUGACGGAUAUUGUCAACUGAAGCCUGUUCGGGUAUUACUGCGCUAUUGUCUCGGAAAGUUGUCAUCUGACAAGUCGGCUCAGUUACACAAUAUCAGCCCUGGCACAUUAGUUUGUUCAUACAACUUUCGAAAGCAUGACCCAUCAGUCCAUGAUUUCCUUCCGAGAGUAUCGACCAAGAAGAAAAUGCUAAUGGCUGGUUGUCCUUUUUUUUGCGGCACUCUCCAAUUUUAAAACAAUGCGCGGUUUUUUAAGACAAAUGAUUUAAACAUGCAUUAUGAUUAAUUUGUGUUACCAACUCUAUCCAAAGCAAACAGUCACCCAGUCCUCCUUGAGAUACAAUCUUGUACAAUAUAGAUCGAGAAUUAAGAUUAUUCUGACCGCCCUCCGAACCAAGGUAUAGGGAAAAUGGCGCUUUUUUGGCCUUCGCGCGGUUCAUCCUUCAUUUCAGAAGGACUUAAAGGGUAUUUGUUUUUCUAUUUAAUUUUGUCCAGGACACCCAUACUAACCUGUGGUAGUAUUUCUGUUGUUUUCCAAAAUAAUGGGAUUAUAUGUUUUAUCCAAAAUACCUUGUUUCUGCACCUUCAUGACCCUAACGAUGCAUUCUUUUCUUUUCUUCCUUAAAAAGAUAAUAUGAAUAUAAUAGGAAUAUCAGGUUGUUUAUUUCUUUAGUGAAUAAUCAAUAAUGUUAUUAUAGAAAAAAAAGCCUGAACCUUUCUACACAGCAAUCCACUGAGUUAUUUCAGUUCAAAAGCAUUAAUUCGUGAAAGAUCUUUAGUAUUCUUUGAUUGUGUAUGUCCAGAAGCAAGGUAUUAUCGUUCCGAUGAAGCUGUGAGCCUUCUACCAACUUUGGGAGCUAUACGGGUUUGCCAAUUGCAAUAG